UCCUUAUCUGACUAAAACUCUCUUAAACCUUCUCUCUCUCCAAAUUUCUCUUACUCUUUCUUUACAGUCACCAAACAUAAGAAAGGAAGCUCCUUUUCUUUCUUUCUUUUACUCUGUUUCCUUCACUUGUGGCUUAUUACUUAUUUGGGGUGUGGUUAAAGGAGGAGGAGGCAGAAGUUUUCAAGUUAAACACCAGACAGCUUUCGAUAGUGGUUGUUUUUCAGUACCAAAGGUGGGGGUGGGGGUUAGGGUUUAGGUUUACAAGUUAUGCGAACAGGUGGUUAUACGAUUCAACAGACACUCACUACAGAGGCUGCUUCUGUCUUGAAGCAAUCUCUCACGUUAGCUCGGAGAAGAGGCCAUGCUCAGGUCACUCCUCUCCAUGUAGCAGCUACAUUAUUGUCAUCAAGGACAAGUCUUUUGAGAAGGGCGUGCAUUAAAUCCCACCCUGGUUUCACACCUAAUUACCAGUUUGCCCCUUCUCUUCACCAUCACCAAAACCAAAACCAUCCUCUUCAAUGCCGAGCCCUGGAGCUUUGUUUCAACGUUGCCCUCAACAGGCUUCCCACUAUCCCCGGUCCCAUGUUCCACGGCCAGCCUUCUCUCGCGAACGCCCUCGUCGCUGCGCUCAAAAGAGCUCAAGCCCACCAGAGACGAGACUGCAUCGAACAACAACAACAACAACAAACCCAAACGCAAACGCAGCAGACGCAGCUGCUCGCCGUCAAAGUGGAGCUCGAACAGUUGGUCAUAUCCAUCCUCGACGACCCGAGCGUGAGCCGGGUCAUGAGAGAAGCUGGGUUCAACAGCACCGCCGUGAAAAACUGCGUCGAGGAAUGCUCCGUCUCCUCCGUGUUCUACGCCGGCGGCUCCGUCGUCGGAGUUUUCUCAUCUCCAAACUCCCCCGACCAGCAACCAAACAUCAACAACAACAUGACUCGGUUUCAUCACCACUACCACAACAACCCUAAAGACUUCAACUUUCUAAACCCUAACGUCGGUUUAUGGCAAACCCAUUUCUCAAACCAGUCUCCUAACCAAAACCCACUUUUCAUCUCCUCCUCCUCCUCCUCCCCUCAUCAGUACCUGAGAGAAAACGAUUUAAAACUCGUCGUUGACGUUCUUCUGAGGAAGAAGACGAAGAAGAAGAAGAACCCUGUGAUAGUCGGAGAUUCCGUCUCGUUCACGGAAGUGUUCGUCUCCGAGCUGAUGGGGAGGCUAGAGAGAGGAGAGCUCGGGGAUUUAAAGCAGACCCAUCUCGUCAAGUUUCAGUUUUCACCGAUGGCCUCCAAGUUCAUGAGGAGAGAAGACGUGGAGAUGAACUUAAACGAGUUAAGGAAGAAAGUGGUUUCUCUCACGACCAGUGGCAAAAAUGUAAUUAUCUUCACCGGUGACUUAACGUGGACGAUCAGGGAGGUGAACAGCAACAACAGUGGUGAGAUAUCACCACCGUCUUACAGUCCUUUGGAUCAUCUAGUUGAAGAGAUUGGGAAACUAAUCGCGGACUACGACGACGAGGACGUUGAUGAUGAUGGUUCUAAGACAAGGGUUUGGGUAAUGGGAACAGCUUCGUUUCAGACAUACAUGAGAUGUCAAAUGCGACAACCUUCGUUAGAAACACUGUGGGCUCUUCAUCCUGUCUCUGUCCCUUCGUCAGCUAAUCUUGGCUUAAGCCUUCAUGCGACAAGUGGACAUGAUCAGGCGUGGAACAUGAGCAGUGUUAAUGCGACAAAGUCCUUUUCUGGUUACAAUAAAGCCGAGGAAGAAGAGACAAUAAGCUCUGUGCUAAGCUGUUGUCCUGAGUGUGUUUCUAGCUUUGAGAGAGAAGCAAAAGCGCUUAAAGCUAACCAAGAGAAACUCUUGCCUUCUUGGCUCCAAUCUCAUGAUGGUGACAACUCUCCACACAAGGAAGAGUUAAUGGGGCUGAGGAGGAAAUGGAACAGAGUUUGUGAACAUAUACACAAUCAGACAAGACACUCUAGUCUGAUGGGGUCAAGAUCUGUAUCUCUGAUUGAUUCCUUCGGGUUAAUGCCGAAUCAUCAGCGAGCCACAAACUCUAUCGCCAAGUUCAGACGUCAGACUUCUUGCACUAUCGAGUUUGAUUUGGGCGGAAACGGAUAUGAGAAGGGUGAAUCGAUCAACGAAGCUGAAGCUGAUGAUGACAACGAGAAUGUGAAGACCACUCUUGACUUAGGGCGUUCUCUGUUUCCAUCAGAUUCCGUAACCGAGACGAGAAAGAAGAUCAGUGCUUUGGUCAAAACUUUGGAGGAGAGCGUUCCAUGGCAAACUGUGACAAUGCGUUUGGUUGCUGAGUGUUUAAUGGAUUCCGUGUUGGACAAGAAAGACGGCUGGAUUAUGAUAGAGGGCAACGACAGAGCCGCGAAGAGGAGCAUAGCUCGCACUGUAGCUGAAUCUGUUUUCGGAUCUUUCGAGUGUCUCGUUCAUAUUGAUCUCAAGAAGAAUGACAACGAGUCGAAGGUGAGAGGACUGGAGAAGGGCGAGAAGGUUGUGUUCUUGAUCGAAGACAUCGAUUUGGCUGAUUCACGUUUCUUGAAACUUCUUGCUCAUCGGUUUGAAGAGAAUCGAACCGGUAUCAACCGCCAAGCCAUCUUUAUCUUGACAAAGGAGGAUAAUGCGAGAAACAGAGAGUCCGUUUUGCAAAUAAACUUGGAGGUCAUGGCACGGAGUGCUGGGAGAAAGAGAAAACCUGUUUCGGAUUUACCGGUUAAGGAGGGUAAGAUCAAGAAGGAAGCGUUCUCGAGGCAAUCGAGUUUCAACAGCUCUUACCUCGACCUGAACUUAAAAGCUGAAGAAGAUAUAGAAGGAGAGAUAAGUCCGAUCUCAAGCGACUUAACCGGGGAGGAAGAGACGGAGAUCUCCUCAAGCACUUUUCUAAACAUGAUUCAGAACCGGUUUGUUCUUAACCGGUCAUAUCAACCGGGAAUCGAAAAGGCAAUGAUAACGGCAGCUUUCAGGGAGGUUUUUCCGGAAGAAGGAGACGGAGGUGGGGUUAGGUUUAGCGUGGAGGAGAAGUUAGUGGAGGAGAUUAGCAGCAGCGGUAACUUGAAAAACGGUGCGUUUGAGAGUUGGUUAAAGGAGGUUUUCAAAACGGGGUUACUAACGGUUAAAAAGGGCGGGGAAAAGGAUACGGGUGUAAUUAGGAUGGUGUUUGGGGGUAUAGUUGACAACAACAACAACAACAACAAACAAUAUGGUGGUGGGGUUGGUGGGUACAUGGGUACAUGUCUUCCGAACAAAGUCCAAGUUUCCAAGUUCGAGUAGAUCCUUUGGUUUAAAUUCCUUUUGUUUCUUUUUUUAGUUUUCAAUGUAAAAUUUCCAUUACUAAUGUGGGGUUUGACUGGUGUAACUCGUUUUUUUCUUCCUUCGAUUGUAAUAUAAAUGCGUUUUAAAA